ACUUCCUGUCCAGCCCCUCAACCCUGAAGCGGUUCCCUGGGCCAUUCCUACCGCUGUGUAGCUGGUUCUUGGGUUCAGUUCCCGGUUCCUUCGCGGCUCAGGUCAUCUGGUGCAUGGACCGCAUGUGUGAGGAGAGGCCCGCGGAGGAUGGGAGCGACGAGGAGGAUCCCGACUCCACAGAAGCCCCAGCCCGGAUCCGGGACACUCCGGAAGAUAUCGUCCUAGAGGCUCCGGCUAGUGGGCUGGCGUUCCAUCCGGCCCGCGACCUCUUGGCAGCGGGGGACGUGGACGGGGACGUGUUCGUCUUUUCCUACUCCUGCCAAGAGGGAGAAACCAAGGAGCUGUGGUCCUCAGGUCACCACCUCAAGUCCUGCCGAGCUGUUGUCUUCUCUGAAGAUGGGCAGAAACUUGUUACUGUCUCCAAGGACAAAGCCAUCCAUUUUCUAGAUGUGGAGCUGGGCCGACUGGAAAGACGCAUUUCCAAGGCUCACGGUGCCCCCAUCAACAGUCUUCUGCUGGUGGACGAGAAUGUUCUGGCCACUGGGGAUGAUACAGGUGGCAUCCGCCUCUGGGACCAAAGGAAGGAGGGCCCCUUAAUGGAUAUGCGGCAGCAUGAGGAAUACAUUGCUGACAUGGCUCUGGAUCCCGCCAAGAAGCUGCUGCUGACAGCCAGUGGAGAUGGCUGCCUCGGUGUCUUCAACAUCAAGCGACGCCGGUUUGAGUUGCUCUCUGAGGCCCAAUCUGGAGACCUGACCUCUGUCACACUUAUGAAAUAUGGGAAGAAGGUGGUGUGUGGCUCCAGUGAAGGUACCAUCUACCUUUUCAACUGGGAUGGCUUUGGGGCCACAAGUGACCGCUUUGCCUUGAGAGCUGAGUCCAUCGACUGCAUGGUUCCAGUGACAGAGAGUCUGCUGUGUACUGGCUCUACUGAUGGAGUCAUCAGGGCUGUCAACAUCCUGCCGAACCGAGUGGUGGGCAGUGUGGGCCAGCAUGCUGAGGAGCCUAUAGAGAAGCUAGCUCUCUCCCACUGUGGCCGUUUCCUGGCCAGCAGUGGCCAUGACCAGCGACUCAAGUUUUGGGACAUGGCCCAGCUGCGGGCUGUGGUGGUGGAUGACUACCGCCGACGCAAGAAAAAGGGAGGACCACUGCAGGCACUGAGCAGCAAGGCCUGGAGCACUGAUGACUUCUUUGCAGGACUGAGGGAAGAGGGAGAAGAUGCCACAACUCUGGAGGAGGAGGAGAGUGAGGAUGACAGUGACUGAAGGGAUGAGCUGAAACUCAGGAUGGGUUCUCAGUGG